UCUUGUACAUUGCUGGUUUUGUGAGCUGAACAAACAAAUGGCUUCAAUAUUAUCUUCUCGUCUCUCACAUCUUCCUUCUACUACUAAACCGGUUCCCCCACCUUCUAACUCCGGUUCAACUCUCCUUCACUUCACUUCCAAAACCCGGUUCGACCAAUCCCGGUUCAGAUGCUCAGCAGGUCAAACAGGGUUCUUCACGAAGCUGGGCCGUUUACUGAAAGAGAAAGCGAAGAGUGAUGUAGAGAAACUGUUCUCGGGAUUCUCAAAAACGAGGGAUAAUUUAGCGGUUAUUGAUGAACUACUCCUUUAUUGGAAUCUUUCUGAUACUGAUCGUGUUCUUGAUGAACUUGAAGAGGCUCUGUUGGUCGCUGAUUUUGGGCCGAAGAUUACCAUAAAGAUUGUGGAGAGUUUGCGGGAGGAUAUAUAUGCGGGGAAAAUCAAAUCAGGAAGCGAGAUAAAAAGUGUUCUAAAGAGGAGUAUCUUGGAUCUAUUGACGAGUAAGGCACUUAAAACAGAACUCUCUCUGGGCUUCAGGAAACCAGCUGUGAUCAUGAUUGUGGGUGUCAAUGGAGGUGGGAAGACGACAUCUCUUGGAAAGUUGGCGAAUAGAUUGAAGAGAGGAGGGGCUAAGACACUACUAGCAGCUGGUGAUACAUUUAGAGCAGCUGCUAGUGAUCAAUUGGAAAUUUGGGCUGAAAGGACUGGUUGUGAAAUUGUUGUUGCUGAAAAAGAGAAAGCUAAGGCAUCAUCAGUCCUUUUACAGGCUGUUAAAAAAGGAAAGGAAGAGGGUUUCGAUAUUGUUCUAUGCGAUACAUCUGGCCGUUUGCAUACCAACUAUAGUUUGAUGGAGGAAUUGGUGGCAUGCAAGAAAACUGUCAGUAAAGUUGUUAAUGGUGCACCUAAUGAAAUAUUGCUUGUACUGGAUGGAACUACUGGUUUAAAUAUGCUUCCUCAAGCGAGAGAGUUUAACGAGGUUGUUGGAGUCACUGGCUUAAUAUUGACUAAACUUGAUGGUUCUGCUCGAGGUGGCUGUGUGGUUAGUGUGGUUGAUGAGCUUGGCAUCCCUGUAAAGUUUGUAGGAGUUGGGGAAGGUGUAGAUGACCUCCAACCGUUCAAUGCUGAGGAAUUUGUUGAUGCUAUCUUCCCAUGAGGCAUGAUUCAGUGACAGUUUCUCCCAGGUUCUAAGAAGUGAACUCUCUGGUGUUAAAAAGACGCAGAUAAACAUUUUCGAGUGAGAGGAGUAAUGGGACAUUAGCAAUAUUGUCUUUUAAGAAAAGAGCCCCUAAUGGGGCAUUAGCAAUUUUGUCUAUUCCACUGAGGCUGUAUUCAUCAGAGGUGAAAUUGAAGUCGUCCAGUGACCAGUAUAAUGGAUGCCGUUAGUUGUAUCAGUUUUAUCGCUUGGCUUUUAAUCAAAAAAUCUGUGGAGCACUCCAGUUAAAGUGGAGUUCCAUUGGACACACAGCUAUAAGAUUGGUGUACACGAUUUCACUUCAUUCUCUUUCAAUAAAUCAUGUUUUCAACUGUGUAUUUCAUCACAGACGAAAAUAUUAGACAGUUAAGGGAACCUCAGAUAAUUCGAGAUGUAAAGAUUGCUUUGGUGAUUACAGAGAACGAGAAGAAGAGUCAAAACUCAUCUGGUGAUGCUAUCAA